GGUCAAUUCAUAAUUUAAUGGGAAACAUAGAAUCUAGCUCUAAAGUCAACGUGGGUCAACUUCAAGGUUUGAGUCCUCGAGAGCUCAAUAUAAGUCGAUCACUAGCAUAUGAGGAAUAUCAACAGGUAACUAUAAUUGGGAGCGUAAGUUAUGAAACUAUAUAGAGAAUCAUCUCCUUUGGUUGGAUGAUCGGGUUUUCUCAAAGACUGAUCUCCUUCUUUCAAUAAGUAUUGAUUCUUAAGUUCUCUAUGGUUAAGUUGUGUUUAUGUUAUGUUGUUUAUUCAUUAAAUUUAAAGUCUAACGGUAUUAAUUGUAUCAACAUACUUGAGAGUCAAAAAGGCAUUCAAUAGCGUGAAAAUUAUGGCAGCUUUGAAAGGUCAUGCGAUUAUGGAAUAAGCUUCUUUGGUUACUUGUCAUUAGCCUACUCAACUGAGCUCUUUGCGGUCACGGUAGAAUAACCUCUCCAGCGAAAAAAUUUCGAGGUGAAUUACUUGUGGAGCGCAAUAUCAAAUCGUAAGAAAGUUAUUUUGUCUGAGGUAUGAAGAAAAACAAGUACUUCAAAGUUUUUGCAAAUUGGUUGACCAUUCAUUCAUGCAAAUUUACUCCCUAUUUGAAUCAACCCUCCGUUUUUUAUUUAUCGCCGAUAGAAAUGAAGAAACGAUCGCUGAAUUUGUGGCUGGUAUUUUGUAGAGAAAAAAGGAAAAUUCCAAGCCCUGAGCGAUAUUACCAAGGACUAUAGAUGAGUACCAGCAAACUCUGGGUAUCUGAAAACGUACUUGGUUGCAGAUACCUUGAAAGACUUUCACUCUUUCUAUAGGGAAAGUAGCAAUUAGGUUUAUUUAAUUAAUGUUCCAGAAACUGGGACAAGCUUGAUCAGGCAGUGAAUAAUGGACCUUAGAGCUCAUAGCCUUUAACCUAAUUUAAGAUAUUAGGUGAAACUAGUGAUGUCUACAUUUUAGAGCUUGGAAGUGAAAGGAAAGUAUAGAUGCUGCAUAUCAGAGUUAUUAUAAGAUCUCUUUAUAAUUUUUUUUGUUUGCUUGUCUUUUCAUCCAGCAUUUAAAGGAAGAUAGUCAUGAUGCACUGGUUGAAUUUCCAUUGGAGUUGUUGAGCAGUGUGUCAUUCUAUGAGAAGUUUGAUGCAUCAUUCAACUGUUUUACCUACAUACCAUCUGAAUUUGCCAUCUACUUGCCUCAUCUGUCAUUUGUUGAUUUAAGCCACAAUCGCCUCUCUUAUUUACCAGAUUCCUUUGGCUACCUGUUCCACUUGAAGACAUUACUGUUAAAUAACAAUAGGUUACAAGAACUGCCAGAAUCAUUUUGUUAUCUUGCAAGACUUCAGAAAGUUGAUUUAUCACACAAUCAGUUGAAAUGCUUACCACAAAAUCUUGGAAGUAUGGAGUCACUUCAAAGUUUAAAUGUCAGUUACAAUGAACUUGAUGCGCUACCAUUAACAUUGGGAAAAUCCAAAACUCUCAAACUGAUCCUGGCAAUCUUCAACAAGUGUAAAUGUCCACCACAGAAAAUUUGUAAUCAAGGCUCUGAAUCAGUUUUGGCAUAUUUACGCAAUCAAAAUCCAAAAGAACCAGAAGGAAAGCUCUUAGGAAAAAGCAAUGAAUUUCCACGUGUCAGGGGUGAUGUUUUUGUCCUUGCACCAUCAAACCCUCACACAGCAAGAACACAGUAUGUCCAAACACAAACAAAUACAAAUGCUACAAGCCGUAUUAAGACACCUCUUAGACCACCAGUAAAUGCACAUUACCUUCCGCCUGAUGAACUUGUGGAUAAGAUUGUUGGUUGUCUGUAUGGAGCAGCCAUCGGUGAUGCUGUGGGAUUGUGCACAGAAUUUAUGAUGCCUGAUGAGUGCCAGUUUCAUUAUGAUAAGAAUUCAUUAUCCUGGGAGCAAAUGGUCAAAGACAGACACAGAAGUAAAUGGCAGAAAGGAGAUUGGACUGACUCAUUUGACCAGACUGUGAGUCAUGCUCUUUAGAUACAGUUUAAGUUUUAAAAUAUGCUAUGCAAACAGGUACUCCUUGCACAUGCGUCCUCUCAAGGUUUUGUAUAUGAUAAAGUAAAAUGAUGAGUUUGAAUCAAAGGAAAGUAGAAUAUUUCUCUUUUCUUGCAUAGAAAAAGGGGAUAAGUUUUUUAAAGAAACUGAAGUGCUGCAUCAGUGGGGGUAAUACAAGACUAAGAAUUAAACUCAGUUGAUAAAACCAAAUUACUCUGAAUUAAGUCUGUCAAAAACCUGGGUUUAACCUUUUUGACAGUGAAGAGACAUGAAGCCUUGUCACUGGAUUUAUGUGUUACCUUUGCCCCAAGCCCCCUCUGCAAUGCCACAUACAUACUAGUUAUUUCAACUUGGAAAUACACCUGUGCACACAAGUUGUCAAGGUUUAGAUGGCUGGUUAGGUCACUUUCAAAUAUAAAUGUAGUGUGAGGACAAUUGAAGGUGUUGUUUACAUGUAAAAUGAUUAAUAGAUAGAUGAAAGUGUUGAAAACAAACAGCCAUUUGAUUUAGUCUUAUAUACUUUUUAUUUUCUUUUGGUAUUUCAAAUAUAAAGGUUUUGAUCCUUGAGAACAUCCUUCAUUGGGCUGGUGUUGUUGAUGAACUGGAGUUUGCCAAGAGCCUUCUUACUUGGUGUAAACAUGGCUUUCCUGAACUGGGAGAUACUGUUGGUAGAGGUGUCAGGGGAGUUAUUGCUAAGGUAAGAGAUGUAUUUGCAAUACAGUAUGACUUGUAACUCCUUCUUUGCCAAAUUAGGGGGUCCCUUUGACAAAGACACAUGAUCCUCUUUUCUCUUUUGGCUAACAGUGAGAGUAAUGUCUAUCUGGGUGAGUUAAUUAAUCUUAUCCUGUAAGAUUCCAUUAAAUUCAUUUAGAAUCAGUGGUCAGCUUUCAUAGAUCUUUGCUGAGGUCUGUUCAGAAGUCUUGAGAUGAGAGGGAAAUCAAGAACCUCUUGAAUCUUUUAUGAACUGAUCGACUAUAAUUUACUUAAUGUCUGAAAAAAAUCCAGUCAAAAAUUACUGUACAGGUAUGUUUGUAUUCUUCCUUUUAGAAACCAUUUCCUCUUAUCUUGUGACAAAAUUCUUAAAGUCCCUCAAGUUGCACUUUAUAAAAUUUAAAGUAAUAGCAGAACAACAUUUCUAAUGUAACUGAGUAUUGCUUUUAUCAAUAAGGGUAGACUAAAACCCUCAUAGAGAUACAUGUACUUUGCAAUGGUAAAAAAGUUACACCUUAUCUGUGAGAAAAACUUAAAUGAAACUAGAACAUUUGAAAAUGAUAAAGGUUUUAACAAGGUGGACAGAUUGUGACAUAACUCCUUUAAAUAUCCUUCCAGGUUGUUUGUGAACCACAGUUUAUGAGUGAUCCCCAUGCUGCUGCGAGAUCAGUGGCAAACAAGUUUGAAUCACCAUCUAAUGGAGCAGUAAUGAGAGUGGCAGCUCUGGGUAUUGCUCACUUUCACAACUUAAAUGAAGUUGCAACAAAUGCAGUCAGAAUUUGCAAAGCUACUCAUUGUGAUCCCAGGUAAGAAGCUCUAUGGAUUGUAUUUAUUGAAAAAAUGUAGGUGGUGAUAGGAAAAGAGAAAGUCAAAAUUUGAUGAAAGACUUUAUAAAGUUCAUGCUUCCAAGUGUAUAUUAUUGUCCAUUGGAAGAAUCUAAAGGAAACUAAGAGCACUUAGUGAGGCUUGGAAAAGGUGGGGAAAGCCAUUAACUCUUUUACCCCCAUUAUUUUGUAAAAUAAAUUCUCCUUAAUGUCUGCCAUACAAUUCUCAUCAUGUAAGUUUGGAGAAUUUGGUAUUCGAUCAACUUAUAAUCCCCUAAUUGAUACUUUUCUUUAUUCUCAUCUCUUGUCUGCCUUAUAUUGUAUUGAUAUUGUAAAGAAAUAUCCCGUCUUGGUCACUCAUGGGAGUUGAAGGGUGAAAGGGGUUAGGAAAGAAUUCUGAUCAUUUCCCAGUUUGCUCCCAAUUGGUAUCUCUCAUCACUUGGAUGCACAUUGUUGCCUGAAACCCACAGUGCUAUUGCAAUAAAAUGCCAAUAGAUCGUGUCUUCAACUGCUGUAACAAACUGUCUACUGUAUAUUGAUUAAUACAAUCAUUGCUUGAAUAUGAAAGGGAUCUUUGCAGUUAUGAACAAUACUUAAGCAGUAGUGAAAAGAAGGCCUGAAAAAAAUUCAGGCCUGUACGGGAUUUGAACCCAUGACCUCUGCGAUACCGGUGCAGUGCUCUACCAACUGAGCUAACAAGCCAACUGGGAGCUGGCCACUGUGUUGGUUCCAAAUAAACCUGUGAAGUGGUGAAUAAACAGCUGUGAAGAUAUGAAAGUCAUAUAUUUGAACUGCGGAUAAAGACAUGAAUAUGAAAGCGAUCUUCACAGUUGAGGAAGAAGAAGAAGAAGGCCUUCUUUUCACUACUGCCUAAGUAGUGUUCCUAACUGCAAAGAUUGCUUUCAUAUUCAUGUCUUUAUCUGCAGUUCAAAUAUAUGACUUUCACAUAUUCAUAGACAAUCAUUGCUUAUUACCUUUUCUAACAUUAUCCUCUGUCUAAUGCCUUGGACUAAAGCAUGGAUAGGAUUGUAACAAUAUUGCCAAUCUAAUGGCUCCUCCAAUAUUUUUUUUGUUCAAUCUUUAUUUAUUUACUUGCACUUUGAAUUCUCAGGUGUAUUGCAAGCUGUGUUGCUGUAUGCAUUAUCAUUGCAUUGAUAUUACAGGUAUAUUUUUUUACUUUGUGUCUUUGACAAAGACUUGAUUAUUGCAAACAAUCUGAGGACAAAUGUUAGAAAAAUAUUUUAGAAGGGGAUGUUCUGAAAGCAACUUUUUUCCUAAGAAAAUUUGGUGCUUCUCAUAAGAGGCAUACUGUUUUGUUUUGUUUUUUUUUUUUCAUUUGUGCCAUUGAUUCCUGGAGUUUACUGAGGAUUCCUCUAUUGGUGCUGUAGCCUAAAAUAAAACAACUAAUAUAGAUAUAAUUAUAGACUGAGGAUAAAUUUGCAAAGUGUGAAAAUAUUCAUUGUGCUUUGUUAUAAUUUUUAUUGCAAGGGGCAACAUGAAUUAACAAGCAAGUCUUCUCUUGAAGAAUUACUUGAGAAAUCAAAAGAGCAGGGAAAGGUUUACUUGGUAGAGCCCUUUCAUCAAAAGGAUUUUCAUCAUUAUUUUAAUUGCCAGACCUGGCAGGAGUAAGUCAGCUUUUCUUUGGCCAAUUUUUAUAACGUUUUUUUAUAAUUUUUUUUUAUAAUGUUUUUUUUUAAAAUUAAAUCAAGGAAUGGUUUAUGGUCGAUUUUCAUCAUAAUAAUCAUCAACAUUGUUUUUGUUAUUAUUGUAAGAGCACUUUUCAAUGGAGUGUUGUAAAUCCAAGGUAUGGUAAUCACAACAGCUAAUCAGAAGAAAGUAAAAUACCUUUAAGAGCCAAUGGGAACCCAAAGUAAUACCGACCUAAACUGCGAGCGACCAUCGUCGUGAUUGGUUUUAGUUUUCGAUUUGAUUGAUCAAGAGCAUUGUGCAAGUUUUUUUGGACCCAUCACAGGGCAAAGUAAAGCAAUUCUGGAUUACUUUUACCAGAAAUUGCUCUUAAAUCUAAUCAAGGAGUGUUUCGUUUCAGCGUUGAGUUUUGUGAGCCUCGGAUGACGGAUUACACUUUGAAGCCUUUAGGAGCUGGUUUGGUGGCACUCAGAUCAAUGAAAGAUUACAAGUACGUGCAUACGCCAGAUCAUUUACUAAUGACCCAUUUCUUCUCCUCCCUGAAUAUUAUCCAAAAGGUUAUAUCUUUGAAGACCUCCGAAGAUCAAAUUAUCAAACCUCUGUUUGCCUGUAAAACUUCAAAAAAACAAAAAAAAACAAAAAAAAAUACGCCAGCUCUUCAGGUUAGGUGAAAUCAAACAAUGUGCCACAGAUUUUUUUCUUCUUUCUCGUUUGAAAUUAUUCUCACUUCAGAGAGUGAAAGGAGGAGGCAGCGAUAGAGGCGGCGUGGCCGAGUAGUUAGGGCGCUGGACUUGUAAUCUUGUGGUUCUGGGUUCAAGUCCUCCACCUUCCUACUCACCGGAUUUGUUCUCAGUCUCCCCUUGUUCAACUCCUCGUAUGCGCUCUCUAAAUAGCCUAAUGGUCUGCCUCCUGCCAAUCUUGGGAUUUUCUAACACUUUCUGUUUGUUUGGAAAGUUUGUUUCUCUCAGUAUGAAAUGAAUAUAUGCGCGUUAUAGGUAUCAAAGUUGUUACUAUUUUGAAAGGACGCUGAUUGCUUAUUAACAGGACAGCGAUAACGGAACUUGUCAUGCAGGGAGGACAUGCUACGUGUAACGCAGUUGUGGCUGGGGCCUUGUUAGGCUGUAAAUUUGGAUAUUCUGAACUGCCGAGAGACUGGCUCGAGGGAUUAAUACCCCAACAAGUGACAUGGCUAAAUACAAAGAUUAACUCACUGCUGGAUAUGAUGGCUCUGCCUUGAGGGUGAAGGAAAACAAUACUUUCACAGCCAUGGUUUAGGUUUUCAUACUACAUGUCGUUAAUAACAAGAAUCAACGACAGGAUGAUAAAAAUUUGCUACAUACAAGCACAUUCCAGAGGAUAGAUCAAGACGGUUGGAAAUCCUUGGCACGUAAGAUCCUUGUUCUGUGGGAGGAAAUUAUCAAAUAUCCACUCGCUCCAUAAAUUAAAACUUUAAUUACCGCUCGACAGCGCCGUGUAUUUUCAACAGUAAAAGAAACAGUUCCGUCUAAGAGUAAACCGCGAAGUGAAAAAGGUUUUUGUUAGCUGAGAGUGCCAGAUAAAAAGAUGUACGUAUUGGACAAAGACCAUACGAAAAAAAUUUUUUAGAGUCAAAAGCUAUGCAAUGAAUUUUAACAGGAAUUAAAAAUUUUCUCAAGUUUUACGUUAUUUUAUGGUGACGUUUAUGGGAAAAGCUGUUGACGUUUCCACUUUUCACCUCCGUAACUGCAGUUCCUAAGCCCUUGCUCAAUGUAGAACGACGGUCCAGAAAGAUUACGGAAAAAAGGAAACAACUUACUUGUGUUCGUUUAUUUCGUUGCAGAAGAAUCAAAUAAUUAACGCGUACGCGACAAUUUUAAAUUAAGUACGC